UGGUUCCCCUCCCAAGACCAGCACUUAUGGGCUGGGUUCUGGGAAAACCAGAUUGCAUCAGACAGGCCCCAAGGCCUGAAGCCAGUCUGUGGUCGAGGCCAGCCUUAUAAGUCGGGCUGAGUGAGCCGGAGAGCACAGGCGCUUGGCCCGGAAACCAGACACAAACAAAGCCCCAGGAGAAGAGGAGAGGCAGAGAGCGGCCAGACAUGAUGGCCACCUUGCCCCCCGCCACCAGCCCCUCCCGGCAGCCCCCAGGCCCAGAGGACGAAGAAGCCAGCCUGGAUGAGUAUGACCUCUACGGCCUGGCCCACCCUCACGUGGCCGGUGGAGGCCGGAAGGGUCGCACCAAGAGAGAAGCUGCUGCCCACACCAACCGCCCCAGUCCUGGAGGGCACGAGAGGAAACUAGUGACCAAGUUCCAGAACUCAGAGAGGAAAAAGGCCCAGCGCUGAGGCCGAGCUGGAGAUGAGGCCAGACCACGGACACUCCACGCAGACAUGAAGACAGGAUUGCCAGGAAUGACCCAGAGGCAGCAUCCGGGCCUGCCAGCCCCURACCCCAACCCCAGGACUCACCCCGCCUGAGUGAGACCCCGGGGACCCACCAAGGAAGCAUCUCCAGGCCCAGCAAAAGGGCAGGCUGUGGGCAAAGCAGGGAUGGACAGGCAGAGUCAGGACAGUCCACCCCCCUCAAAAGAAAUGCUGAAGACACUGGAGCCCCCACCCAGGGCACAGUGACAAUAAACAACUCUAG